CCGCUCUUGCGUAUUUAGUUCCGCCUUGCAGCUGAUGGAUUAGGAAGCCGUGCUUUGGUUUUAAAGGAGAGAAACAGGGAUCAAAAACAGGAAAAAGGAGAUCUUCAUCGAACGUUUCCUGGAUAGCAUUGCUCUUGGCUUCGCAGGAAAGAUGCCUUCGGAGGAAUCCAGGCCGCUUUUGGGCACGGCUGCGUCCGAGACAUGGCUGCCUGCGGAUGAGAGGUCCUCGCAACUGGAGAGUUAUUUCAGCAAGGUCCAAAACCGGAAUCUCUACCUGGCUACGUUCGCCGCUGUUUUGGGGCCGCUGAGCUUUGGGUUUGUCCUGGGCUACAGCUCCCCAGCCAUCCCCAGCCUGAAGAGAGGCAACAAUCCAGAACUAAGACUGGAGGACAGCCAAGCCUCUUGGUUUGGGUCUGUUGUCACUCUUGGUGCUGCAGCCGGUGGGAUUCUGGGAGGUUACAUUGUGGAUAAACUUGGCCGGAAGCUUAGCCUGAUGUUCUGCGCCGUCCCAUACGUUUUCGGCUUCGCCAUCAUCAUCUCUGCUCAGAACGUCUGGAUGCUUUACUUGGGCCGGCUACUGAGCGGCUUGGCUAGUGGUGUCACGUCCCUAGUGGUUCCGGUAUAUAUUUCUGAAAUCGCUCACUCCAAGGUUCGUGGAAUGCUUGGUUCCUGUGUCCAACUGAUGGUGGUGACAGGCAUCUUGGGAGCGUAUGUGGCUGGUAUGGCUCUGGAAUGGCAGUGGCUGGCGGUGCUGUGCUCUCUCCCGCCCUGCCUCAUGUUGGGGCUCAUGGCUUUCAUGCCCGAGACGCCCCGUUUCCUACUAAGCCAGAACCAACAGACAGAAGCCAUCGCCUCACUCCAGUUCCUGCGGGGUCCUCUGGUGGACCAUGAGUGGGAAUGCCAACAGAUCGAAGAAAAUACUAGUGAACAGGAGAAGCUGAGCCUUGCUGAAUUCAAGAACCCGGCCAUUUACAAGCCCUUCCUCAUUGGCGUCACCAUGAUGUUCUUCCAGCAAGUGUCGGGUAUCAAUGCCAUCAUGUUCUAUGCGAAAACCAUAUUCGAAGAGGCCAACUUCAAAAACAGUGGUGCUGCUUCUGUCAUUGUGGGGUCCAUCCAAGUCUUUUUCACAGCAGUCGCAGCCCUUAUUAUUGACAGAACAGGACGGAAGGUCCUCCUAGUUAUAUCAGGGUUCAUCAUGGCAGCCAGUGCUGCAGUGUUUGGAGUGUAUUUCAAAAUGACGCUUCCGAGUCCUGGCAAUUCCUCUCAUAUCCAACUGCUGAACUCUCCCCUGAGUCUUGCCCUCAUGGAAGAACACAGCCUGGCAUGGCUGGCCGUCCUGAGCCUCGGUCUCUUCAUCAUGGGCUUUGCCUUGGGAUGGGGUCCAAUCCCAUGGCUGGUGAUGUCUGAAAUAUUCCCUCUCCGCGCUCGAGGGGUUGCCAGCGGGGCCUGCGUCUUGACCAACUGGCUGAUGGCUUUUCUGAUCACCAAGGAGUUUCACGACUUUAUGGUUCUGUUAACACCUUAUGGCACUUUCUGGUUGUUCUCCACCACCUGUCUCCUCAACGUCUUUUUUACCAUCCUCUGUGUCCCCGAAACAAGAGGAAAGAGCCUAGAAGAGAUAGAAGCUUAUUUUCAGAGAUCCCAUUAACUGUUUGCAACUGUGAGGGAAACCUUGCCAUCCUUUCUGGGACUUUGUUAAGGUGAUGGUGGCGGAGUUGGCAGGUGGAACCGAAAUAAUUCCGUUUUCAAGAUAAGUGCAAAUGAGCCACAGGUUUCAUCCUGGUCAUCUUCUCACUCGUCACUACGAUUGGGAAAGCGGGGGCAAAAUGGACAUACAUUGCCCUAGGAACUUUUGCCACAUUACAGUAUUACAAAACAGCACAAAAGCUACGUUUUCUGAAAUAAUCAGCCAGUAAUCUUGCCUUUCUUUUCCUCUCCGUGUUCGGGCACAAUGUUUUUAAACUUCGAUUUCUCUGUUCCAUAACCACGGGGGCUUUCAUCACCCAGGAUGGUGGGUCAAUGCUGCCUUAAAACAUAAGAGUCUAAGAGAGAAGGAUGGCAACUGUUCAUAGAAUCCAUCUUUGCUAUACAGACACCCAAAGGGAUGGGUUGUUAGGAAUGGUGGGAAUUUUAGUCCAGCACAUCAAGAAGACACUGGUUUAGGGGAAGAUCUAGACCUCUUACAUGUGUUGGUAAAUGCCGGGAGAAGGCUGGACACUUCUUCACUCGCCCUCCUUCUCUCCAGCACCUUGGAAAACCCUAAGUUGAUGACACUGCCUGGCAUCUAAGGUGGGGUUUGGGGAGUUAACUUGGAAGAUAUAGCUACAGAAGACAGCUCCAUCAUUGUAGCUGUGUCUUCCAAUGCAGAUCUCAGGCCUUGUCUCUAGUGCCACCUCAUGCCACCCCGCACUUUCUUUUGCUUGUAAUGUUGUUUACAGUGUUUGUUUCAGUGCUCCAGGGGAAGACUUUGGAUCAUUUGAAUGGCAAAGUGCCCAUGAUGUGAGCUGAUCAGGAGAGAACAAGGAUACACAUAAGCUAUACACUGUGCUCUCUGCCACUCUGCCUCAUGUUGGGGCUCAUGGCUUUCAUGCCUGACACAUCCUUCCCCUCUCCUUUUCACAUUGCAGGGUGGUGUACCAGUCUAUUUUCUUCUCCCGUUUGAAAAAGAAAUAGUUCCAAAACCUUUCUGUGCCUGAAAUGAUACUGUAAUUCUGUUAGAGACAAUUAAUACAAAAUGGUGGUGACACUGGAGCUGAUCACACCAGAAGUGUGGUUUCCUGUAGUUAUCAUGUUGCCGGUCCAGGCUUUGUGGUCACAGGGUGUCACUCAGAGAUCUGCAUGGCAAAGUGAAUGUGAUUUUUAUUUUGGGCUCAGCAUAUCACUGCUCUCAAUUUAGCUUGUCAAGUUUUAGCAACAUGAUUCAAAAGACUGCAUUCCACUUCAUUCCCUGCCCCACAGUGGUUCCAUGCAAAAAGGCGUGUUUAGUGGCAGGGAAUGGAUCACAACCAAUGGUUUAUAUGACUCAAAAAGCUUCUGUAGCACACUUUGGUUCACGACUUACUUGUGAUUGAGACGAUGGUUAGUACUAUUACUUUUCUAGAACAAGGAACUCCUCAAAAUGGUGUGGAGGUGUAUUCCCUCCAUCUCCAGAAUGCUGCUAUAUACAAUAAACACUACUGAUUCCAAUUUGA